UCCACUUUCAAGAUCAACACACAGAGCAUGGCGUGUUUUGAACAUGCAUCGCCAGCAUUGAAGGAGAUUCUGCUCAGAUUAUACCGGUAAAAUGAACUAUACUCGUUGUUCUUUGUACUUAAAGUCAUGUAUUCAAGAUUUACUUCUCAAGAUGAAAGGGCUAUUGAUGCCGACCAUCACCUUCAUGAAUUUGGGUCCGUUGAAUAUUACAUUCAGUCAUUGGUGUCAGAUCCUGAUCAUACCUACUUAUCAAUAUCAACCCCAAUUCUGUCUCAAUCAUUCCUGGUCUCAACUCGACUGUCACGCUACACUAUACAGAAGGUAAAGGCUAUCAGUGCUGAAGUUGUGGAGAUCGUUGAGCCUCCAAAAGAAGGAUAUCAGCUGACUAUACGACUCAAUUUUGCUAGAAUGCCGCAUGGUAAAGAGUCUAUAAAAAUGAUCACAGACAUUGCUGCUGUGCAAGGUGUAAUUCUGAGUUCUCAGCUGGAAGAAAUGCUGAUGAAUGUGAAUUCACAAGAUGUGGCUCAAGGGAUGUACAAACCAAUUAAACUUGUUUAUCACCCAAGAGAGCCGUUUUAUGUCAUAAAACAGCCCCAGAAAAUCACGGCAGUAUUCCCAAUGCGUUUUAAGGAGAAAACAGAUGUGAUUAUAGCAACAACUUUCUUCCAGGAACUCAUGGAUGUUGCAAACACAAAAACAUGUGCCAAGGCACCCCAUUGCAUCUGGUCCCCUAUUCCACCUCCUGAGCUAAGAGGAGAAGCAAUUGAAGACUUAAGCACAAACGGAGGAUUUGUCUCUUUUGAUAUCUUGUCCCGCCACAUUGAAGGCAAAAGGCUAGACAAGACUGUGUGGAACCUUCUGAACUUUUACGCAUUUGUGAAAAAUCAUGUAAAGAGCACUCGAGGAUUCAUACAAAGAAGGAUGAGAACAUGUCUGAAGAGCCUGGUUGAGGUCUUACAGAAAACAGGACCUCAAGAUGAGCAACAGAUUAAAGAGGUGAAAGGAUACAAGCGCAUGAAAAAGUUGGUAAAGUUCACAAAAUUCAAAAUAAUCAGAUAUAGAAGUGAUUUCACCAGUAAACUUAAGAGGAUUCGUUCGAGAUUAAAAAUCCACGGGUUCAACCGUUUUCGUCGAAAAUGGUUGACAUUCCCCAUCUUCUCCUCCAAGACAAAAUACAGAAAGCUGGAAAAAGAUAUUUCUCUACAACACAAUUAAUAGAUUUUGCUUAUGGUCAGAGUUUUCCUGAAAAGGGACAAACAUAUCCUUUAAUCAGGAUAGUUGUUACAAUCUA